AGGCUGAAGGCUGCGGUUCACUACACGGUUGGCUGCCUGUGUCAGGAUGUUGCAGAAGACAGAGGCGUGCAGUUCAGCAAACAAACCAUUGCAGCGAUUUCAGAGAUCACCUUCAGGCAGUGUGAGACCUUCGCAAAAGACCUUGAAAUGUUUGCAAGGCAUGCAAAACGAAGCACAGUCACUACAGAAGAUGUGAAGCUUUUGGCUAGAAGGAGCAGCUCUUUGCUAAAGUAUAUCACCCAGAAGAGUGAAGAGCUCACAUCAAGUAACAUGGAGCAAAAGGAGAAGAAGAAAAAGUCCAGUGCAGCUAAAGGAAGGAGAAAUUCUGGAGAACAAGAAGCAGCUGUGGCUGAAAGUGAAGAUUGA